AUGGCUCCGUCGACGAAAUCCCGGCAAUCAAAAACCCCAAAGAGGCAGACCACCCUUAGUGCCUCAAGUUUCAGCAGAGGGACUCCCAAACCCGUAAAGUCGACUCGACCCAACGCGAGUAUUCUAAGCUUUUUCAAAAAGACGGACAAGCCAGACGAUUCGCUGUUUAUCGGUGCCGCCCCAGAGUCACUUACACAUGACGACGAAGGCUUGUUCGGCUCAGACGAUGAAGAUCGGUUUAACGAAACGCUGUCAUCAGUAAAAAGGAGGAGGAUGAGCCACAUUGGUCCGGAGACUAGCGAAGACGCAUCCGCUAUCGAUACUACGCGUACAUUGGUAGAACGAUCCUCAACAGUUGAAGACGGCAAGACUGCCAAGGGCGCUGGAAAACGAAAGGUUCAGGGCCCCUUCGUCAUGGAUUCCGAUAGCGAGGAUGAGGAUGACGGGGACUCCAACCCCAGUGUAGUCAAUCCGGCUGCAAAGAAAGCAGAGAACCAGCGCUCAGGUGUGCCUGCCAACUCCAAAGCUAAAACCACCCCAGAUCUGCCUCCAGUGCUGGCAGAUGAAUGUGUUGCCCAAGGAGAGCCCUUGACUAUUCCGCCUGAUAAUUUUGAGGUGGAUUUCGAGCUAGCCAAAAUUGAAGAUGACGAUAUCUAUGCCUUCGAAGGAGAGGAGAUGCGCCAGAUGCGUUAUAUGAGAGAGCUGGCGCGUUUAGAAAGCCGAGACGUCGAGGCUGAGGACGGCUCUUCCGGCGAAGAUUUUGCCGACGAUCCCUUGAGUGACGACGGUAUUGUCAACCAUUGCUGCCCUAUAUGCCAAGGCAGCAUUUUUGCCCUUUCACCAGAUGAAGCAACGCGUCAUGUCAACCUAUGUAUUGACGGUAACGCCCCGCCACUGGUGUCUCCCGAACAGGACCGGAAACCGGAGGUAAAGGAGAUUUCUCUCAGGGACCUGCCUAAACCUGGACAGGCCAAUCCUUUCGAUGCAGCAGCUCCUUCUGAGCCCAUUGGCAAGUCAGCCUUCUCCAAGAUCAUGUCCAGCAAGGCCGAGGCUUUGGCAUGGUCUACGGCAGCCGCGGCCGAAAAGUCUAGCCGUGGCCGGUUUUCCUACCAAAGAACCUGCCCAUUCUACAAAAUUAUUCCUGGUUUUUCAAUCAGCGUCGAUGCAUUCCGUUAUGGCGCAAUUGAGGGUUGCCAGGCCUACUUCCUCAGUCACUUCCAUAGUGACCACUACAUCGGCCUGACAGCAAAAUGGUCUCAUGGACCCAUAUACUGCAGUAGGGUCACGGGAAGCCUGGUCCGCCAGCAGUUGAAGACAGCGGAGAAAUGGGUCGUCGAGCUUGACUUCGAGAAGCCGUACGAUAUCCCGGGCACCGAUGGUGCCACUGUCACCAUGAUACCGGCAAAUCAUUGUCCUGGUAGCUCGCUUUUUCUCUUCUUGAAGGUUUUUAAAAACAGCACUAGCAGUUACACCAAGCGCAUCUUGCAUUGUGGGGACUUCCGCGCGUGUCCGAGCCAUGUCGAGCAUCCCUCCCUGAAGCCAGAUAUCAUGGACCCGGUCAGUGGCAAGAUGACCCAACAAAAGAUUGACAUCUGCUACCUCGACACCACCUAUCUGAGUCCACGAUAUUCUUUCCCACCUCAGGGGGAUGUCAUCCAAGCUUGUGCUCAGCUAUGUGCUUCCAUGUCUGCUGAUCCGAAUGGUCAUGAUGUGACACCAGGCAAAUCGAACGGGACGCAUGCUGUGAGCAAAUACUUUCAAAAGGGCGAGGCCAAUAGUGUGGCAAGCGCUCCAGUAGGGAAGCCGUCCAAAAAUCGUCUUCUCGUCGUCUGUGGCACCUAUUCAAUCGGCAAGGAGCGGAUGUGUGUCGCAAUUGCCCAGGCCUUGGAUACCAAGAUAUUCGCAUCGCCAAGCAAGAUCAAAAUAUGCAAGCAACUCGGGAUCCCUGAGCUGACCGAACGCCUGACGUCGAAUCCUGUCGAGGCACAGGUCCACUUGCAGAUGAUUAUGGAGAUCCGCGCCGAUACGCUACAGGAGUACCUGAAUUCCUACAAGGCUCACUUCAGUCACAUCGUAGGUUUCCGUCCCAGCGGCUGGAGCUUCCGAGCCCCCAACGCCAAGUUUGUCCCGGCGAACAUGCCGCCAAGUACCAUAUCCACGCAGAAACUUCUCCACGAUAAGGCAUGGCGGACAAGAUUCAGCUCCGAGGACCUUGUUGCACAGCGCGGGAGCACCAAAGAGGCCAGGUGCUUUGGUGUCCCUUACUCAGAGCACAGUAGCUUCCGCGAGCUCGCCAUGUUUAUCAUGGCCCUCAGGAUCGAGAAGGUUGUGCCGACAGUCAAUGUGGGCAGCGAGCAGUCGAGAUCCAGGAUGAAGGCGUGGAAUGACAGGUGGAUAGCUGAAAGGAGAAAGCAUGGUCUAGUUCGGCCCUUGGUCGAGGGCCGGGAUGCCAAACCACCUGAUGAGGAUCUCUGGGGCGGUGGAAUGCCUGGCAGCGGAGGCUGCGCUUGGUGGUGA